AUGGAAAUUGAAGACAAAAAAAAAUUUGUCAAUUAUUUUCGAAUGGAUCCUAUCAUAUUCCAAGAAUCACUCAAAUUAGUCGGCCCUUCCAUCGUUAAACAAUAUGUAAUUCGAGAUCCAAUUCCUCCUGAAACGCGUCUGCAUAUUACGCUUCGAUAUUUGGCAUCAGGAGACAGCAUGGCAUCGAUCUCAUAUGCUUACCGAAUUGGCAAUAAUACUGUGUCAAAAAUAAUAUCAGAGACUUGCGAAGAAAUAUGGAAUGCUUUGAAGGAGACAGUUUUUCUUCAUGACAAUCCAGAGAGUUGGCAAGAAAUUGCUGACGAAUUUGAGCGACUUUGGAACUAUCCAAAUUGUGUAGGAUGUAUCGAUGGAAAGCACGUUACAUUGCAGGCUCCGCCAAAUAGCGGCUCGACGCAUUACAAUUAUAAAGGAUAUCACAGCAUCAAUCUGUUGGCGAUUAGCGAUGCGAAAUAUCGCUUUACUAUGGUUGACAUCGGUGCUGAAGGUAGACAGAGUGAUGGAGGAGUUUUUAGAAAUAGUAAUAUGGGAAGAUGUUUCGAAGAAGGUACAUUGAAGUUGCCAAAUGCUAAGCCUGUCGAAAUUAAUGGACCAGUACUGCCUUAUGUGUUGCUAGCGGAUGAAGCCUUUCCAUUAACAGCAUACAUGAUGAGACCGUAUCCGCGAAGUAGCAAGCUGGAUCUCAGGAAGAAAGUUUUUAAUUAUAGACUCAGUCGAGCAAGACGUGUUGUAGAGAGCGCUUUCGGGAUUCUGGCAGCAAGAUGGAGGAUAUAUAGAAGACCCAUAAUUGCAAGAAUUACAAAUGCGAGAAAAAUUGUUCAAGCAACAGUGGCACUUCACAACUUUAUUAUUACUAAUAAGGAAAAAUUGCUUUUCAAGAACACAUAUGCACAUAUAACUCCUGAAGAUCGCAGCAUGAAUUCUCAAGGAUUUAGCUCAUUGCCACCUAGUAUAGGCAGAUUCAGUAACAGUGGCAUCAAAUUUCGAAAUGCUUAUUCAGAAUUCUUUAUAGGCACCGGUGCAUUAUCAUUUCAGUGGGAGAAGGCAAUGAAUAAUGACUUUUGA